GGCAAACGGAUGAUGAGAUCUUCAAUCUAGUCCCGGCGCGAUUCACUUACCGGACGACUUCCGAGCAGCUAAGAUGACUGCAGCAGCACCGACAGCAGCGACAGCUAAGUCCAAAUCCUAUCAAUGGGUGGCCCCCGAUGGCGGCUGGGGCAUACUCGUCUGCAUUGGCAUGGCGCUGCCAUUCAUCAGCGGCCUGGCAGCGUUGCCCUCGUUUGGCCUAAUCUUUGGCGACUUCCUAAAGAGCAUCGGCGCCGGGACGAGCGCCAUUGCCAUCAUAACCAGCUCAUUCUUUUGCUCGCUGAGCUUUGCGGGUCUCUUCUCCGGCUCGCUGUUCCGAAAGUUUGGCAUGCGGCCCGUGGGCUUGGCCGGUGGCAUCCUUUACUUUGUGGGCACGGGCAUGCAGGUGUUUGCCAAUACAACGCUGCAGCUGACCUUUGCAUUCAGUUUGUUGCAGGGCACCGGAUUCGGCCUAAUCAUUCCCACCAGUUAUACGUCGUUUAACAACUAUUUCGUGAAGAACCGCGUCAUGUGGAUGAGCUUCGCCCAGUCGCUGAUUGGCCUCGGCUCGAUGGUCUAUCCCAUUCUGAUGCAGAUGCUGAUGCAGACGUACGGCUUCCGUGGCUGCCUUCUGGUGCUCACGGGGAUCAAUGCGCACGCCGUGCUGGGCAUGCUGCUCAUGCAUCCUGUCGAGUGGCAUAUGCGGCGCGUGCCUGUCGAGGAGGAGGCACAGCAGUUGCAGCCUAUUGUUCAGCCAACGGUCGUGGUGCACAUUCAGCCAGAGACGCCACUGACACCGAUACCAGAACUCGACUUUGGGCCAAAGACAAAUGGCGGGGCUGCGGCGGUUCCCGAUUCACUGCCAGUUUCGCGUUUGGGCUCACGUCGUGUCUCGCACGUGGACGAGCACAUGCUGAAGCUAAUAUCCAGUCGCUCCUCCAGCAUCACCAGCCUGGGCAACUGGUCUGGCCCGAUAGUUGUCACCGAUGCGUCUCCACAGAUGCAGCACAGCCUGCAGGCAUCGCGACGCCAUUCCAUUGUCAGCGACCCCAUUGUCAACGCUCCGAAUCCGAUGGCCAAUGCAUCCGAUGGCAGUGCUGUGGCCAAGCGAAGCUGCUGGGGCACCAUUGCCGAUUUCCUCGAUCUGCCACUCCUCAAGCAACCCAUCUACGUUAACAUCGUGCUGGGCAUCACGUUCGCUCUAUACUCGGACAUCGCCUUCUUCACCAUACACCCGUCUUAUCUGUUUGAACUGGGCUACAGCAAGCCUGAUACUGCAAAUAUCAUAGCUAUUGGCGCCGCUGCGGAUCUGCUAUCUCGCAUAUUUCUGGCAAUUACUGCGAUUUUCAUUCAAGUGCCAGCACGUUACAUUUACUUGACUGGUUCCCUUUUCACUGUUUUCACCAGAUUUGCUUUCAACGGCAUUACUGAUUUCGUAGGGAUGGCCUGCAUCACAGCCGUGCUUGGCUUCUUGCGCACUUGGAUUCAUGUUCCGCUGCCCUUGGUGUUUGCCGAUUACUUGCCAAAAGAUCGAUUUGCCAGUGGCUACGGCCUGUUUAUGUUUACGCAGGGAAACGCAAUGUUUAUAAUUGGUCCAAUUGUGGGUUAUAUACGAGAUCGAACACAAGACUAUUUGUUGGUUUUCCACAUUUUGAACGUCUUCAUGGCCCUCUGCGCUGUGCCUUGGAUCAUCGAAAUUUUGUGUGUUAAAUUUCGCCGGCGCAACAAACUCGAGCAGAAUAAUGUGUGUGAGCACGACAAUGGAAACAACAGGAUGGUGCACUAAAAAGCGUUUGGCUGUUGUAAUUUUAUGCGUAUAGAAUAAACGAAUGUUAGUUUUCAUACACCACGUAGGUAUAAUUGAAUAAACAGAGAAGCAAACACAAAA